AUCAAAUUGAUCUUCCACUUGCUAUGAACUCUCAGUAAAUUGCCAAGUUCUAUCAAUGGUUUAGAAGACAAAGCAAGUAGAAACAUCUCCAUUUACAAGGCAACAAUAAUUUUUAUACAGGACAGAUUAUGACAACUUCUUUCUUAAGGUUAUCCGGAACAUGUCAAUCAUGUCAAAAGUCCUCAAUGUGAGAUUACAGCAGUUUAACGGCUGGAUAUCUGGAAAAGUUUACACUCCAUAGAUGUUGAAUUUUAGUUUCCUGCCACUUCCUGUGUGCUGUUAGCAAAACAUAGAGUCAAGCUUACAGAAGGGCAAAGAGUCUUAGUCGGGAUCAUCCUCGUGGAUUUCUGAGAAUUUCCCUAGCACUGAGUUUCUCUAUCAAGAUAUGGAUCAACUUCAACAUAUGUCCAGGAGAAGAUGUUUAAAUUUUAUCAAAUGAAAUACAUUUUUCAAAUACUGGAUAAAAUGAGAUGCUUGCGAAAACGUUCUACAGUGUCUUUCUUGGGUGUUCUUGUUGUUUGCCUUCUAUUCAUGAACUUGUACAUUGAAGACAGCUAUGUUCUGGAAGGCGACAAACAGCUCAUAAGGGAAACAUCCACACAUCAACUUAAUUCUGAACGCUAUGUUCACACGUUCAAGGAUUUAUCUAACUUCUCAGGAACCAUAAAUGUCACCUAUCGCUACCUAGCUGCCACUCCUUUACAGAGAAAGAGGUAUCUCACAAUUGGUCUUUCAUCAGUAAAACGGAGAAAAGGAAACUAUUUACUUGAGACAAUAAAGUCAAUUUUUGAACAGUCCAGCUAUGAAGAAUUAAAGGAAAUUUCAGUAGUGGUGCAUCUAGCAGACUUUAAUUCCUCCUGGCGCGAUGCCAUGGUCCAGGACAUCAUGCAGAAAUUUGCCCAUCACAUCAUUGCAGGAAGAUUGAUGGUUAUACAUGCUCCUGAAGAAUAUUAUCCAGUUCUGGAUGGUCUUAAAAGAAAUUACAAUGACCCAGAGGAUAGAGUCAGAUUUCGCUCCAAACAGAAUGUAGACUAUGCUUUUCUUCUGAAUUUUUGUGCCAAUACUUCAGACUAUUACGUCAUGCUUGAAGAUGACGUUCGGUGUUCCAAAAAUUUCUUAACCGCCAUCAAGAAAGUCAUCGCAUCCUUAGAAGGGACAUACUGGGUAACUCUUGAGUUCUCAAAACUUGGCUACAUCGGUAAACUCUAUCAUUCUCAUGAUCUCCCACGUCUGGCACACUUUUUAUUAAUGUUUUAUCAAGAAAUGCCUUGCGAUUGGCUAUUGACUCAUUUUAGAGGUCUCUUGGCUCAGAAAAAUGUGAUCCGAUUUAAACCUUCUCUCUUUCAGCACAUGGGCUAUUAUUCAUCCUAUAAAGGAACUGAGAAUAAACUCAAGGACGAUGACUUUGAAGAGGAGUCAUUCGACAUCCCUGAUAAUCCCCCAGCAAGUCUCUACACCAAUAUGAAUGUCUUUGAAAACUAUGAAGCAAGCAAGGCUUACAGCAGUGUUGAUGAGUACUUCUGGGGAAAGCCACCGUCCAUUGGAGAUACAUUUGUGAUUGUAUUUGAAAAUCCAAUUACGAUUAAAAAAAUUAAAGUGAAUACAGGAACAGAAGAUCGACAGAACGACAUUUUGCAUCAUGGAGCUCUAGAUGUUGGGAAAAAACUUAUAUUAAAGAAACAAAUAAGACAAUGUGAUACUUACUUAAGACUGGGAGAUUUCAAACACGGAAACUUUGAAAUGUCAGAGGUGAAUCAAAAAAUUCCAUUUGACAUACAUUGCAUAAGGAUAUGCGUUACCAAAACCCAAAAAGAAUGGCUCAUAAUUCGGAGCAUCAGCAUUUGGACUUCCUAGCCAAUGAAAUCAGUCUACUGAGUUUCUGAAGCAGGACUUCCUGUUUCAGUAUUUCCUCUCUUCCUCUUUUGCUACUUUUGUCUUUUGGAAGGCAACCAAUGGAUGUGAUGUGUCCCGAAAAAAGUUGAUCAUCUCAGCCGUUCUGAUUGUAGUUUAAUGAAACACACCCUUGUAUGCUUUCACUUUUGAGGUCAAAGGCCAUUCUGUAGUUAAAGUUGCUGUCAUCCAUAUAUUUAAGUGUUUAUGGAUCCACGAUUUCAAACAGUAGUCAAAAGAGUGAUGUGAACGAUUUAAAACAAAAAAAUUCUUUCCAUGGAUUACAAUUAAAACACAGUUGCCAACGGUACACACUUAUUCAUGAAUUGUUAAUUCAUUAUAUGAUCAGACAGCUUUCUCAUUCAGAAUCUCUGAGAAUAUGCAUUUGGUUGCAAUCGUAAACUGGGAUAAUUUUCUUGGAAAUUUAGGCUUUCACUGACUGCUAUAUUUUUACAGUUAAUACCUCCUCAUAGCAGUGAAGUCUUUGCAACAGACUAUUUUGUGUAAGUAGGGCUAAAGAAAAACAGACUUAAAAAUAAGCAUUCCUCUGGUUGUUUCUAUGAAAAGAAACAUUGCUCCUUGUUUUAAAACAUUUAAUAGCUUCAAAAAAUUUUAAUUUAAAUUUUCUGUGGGAAGAAUUGCAUUUCUAACUUCCCACUUGAAGUAGAUAGGUAAGCUUAGUGUUUUAAGGUUACAUAGAACCCCUGUAAUUAACAGAUAAAAAGAAAUGGCCUGUGCAUAGUCUAUUUGUUCACAGUUUCAGUAUAUGCAGACAAAAUUGAAAUUGAUUUUAUAUUUUUUUAUUAAAAUUCAUGUGAUUGAAGUCGUUGCAAUUUAUCAUGUUUUGGGGAGAUUAAAUGACUGUCUUAAGUGGGAGAAAGGUAAAAACUGUAGAAACUAAUUUUGUCUUAUUUUGUUUUGUUUUCCUGUAGUCAAUGAGCUAUUUCUUCAAAAACCAAACAACAAGGCAUUAUUCUGCUUUUUUGUCUUAAUUAACAGACAACACUAUGGAGAUCUCUCAUCACAGAACUUAGGGCUUCUGUUUUCUUUAUCCCUUCCUUCCUUCCAUGAUUUUUCUCAUUCUGCGUCCGUGUAUGUGUGCAUUUAUUUACGUAAUACUUAUUUGUUUGUGCCUACCUGUCUAUGUAUGACUCCUGUGCGCAGUGCCUGCAGAAGCCAGAGGAGGGUUUUAGAUAUCGUGAAACGCAAGUUACAGUCCAUUACAGACCGCGUUUCAAGGGUGCUGGGAGCCAAACCAGUGUCCUCUGCAAAAGCAGCAGUGCUCUUAAUCACUGAGCCGUCACUCAAGCAGCAACUGUUCUGUGUCUUAUUUAGGUUUCAGGUUAUUUGCUAGACUACCUUGAAUUAGAUAACAAAACUGGUCUAUAAAGCAUUAUGACCAUGCAGUGUAAUGACUGUGACACGUUUUAAUUGACAUUUUUGUGCUACCUGCAUACAAAUAGUAAUCAAACUCUGUUAAAGAUUUGGUCAGCUGUCUCUACCUUUCACAAAAGAAAUUCACGACACCACAGUGUGUUUUAAAAACAUUAGUGUUUCAGAAUGUACUUAGUGGUCACCCUAUUCACAAUUUGUAAAUGAUUCAGUGAAGAGGUUUUUAAUGAAGAGAAAUACAGAAUAUGUAUGUGCUUAUGGGGAAAAAUCAUAUUCUCACACAUGUGUGCGUGUGUGUUUCUGUGUGUGUAUGUGUGUGUAAUGUGUGUGUGUUGUGUAAAGAUAUAUUUAUGAUACUAAAAAAAACAGAAAAGAAACAAGAAGUGUGUCUGCUCUUCUUUCUUUCCUAAAAUACAGUACUGAAACUUACAUAAUACAAGAGA